CAAUGGAAAUGUGAAUAUUGCCUUUUAUGGGGUUUUUUUUUUCAUAACCACUGAUAUCUUUUCUCUUGUCAUUUCAGAAUCAUUUGGCAAAUAAUUCAAACAAUUUACAACUAUAUAUAUGACAAAAUCUUUAGAUUCGCUUAUUUUAUCAGUUCAAAGCGCAUCCAACAUGAAACAGAUCAGUACUUUUUUGAAAAAGAGGAUAUUGAAAAACAGGAUGAAAAGCUUGAUGAACCGGAUUUCCCUAAACUCGGCAAAUGUUGCUCGAUACUUCUUAUUAUUGCACUUGCUUUCCUUAUGGCAGUGAGUAAUACGGACAACAUCAUUUAUAAAUCUGUCCGUCCCUACAUAGAAGAGGAAUUCGAAAUAACGGACUUUUAUUCGUCAGUUAUAACUCUAAUGUUUGUUGGCAGCUGUGCAACCAUGGCCCCGAUAUUAUUUUAUUUCUGGAGUACCUUCACCGGACUAAGAGUAAUAUCAGGAAUUGUCGCCGUAAUGGUCAUGUUCGGCAUUGGCAGUACUUUAGUUUCAGAGAAGUCAUUCUGGACGUUUGUGUUACUUCGAAGUCUCAUGGAAUCAGUAAAAAGCCAUUAUUUAGCUGCUGCUCCAAUGCUGGUAGCAGAACUUUUUGAUACUGACCAACGACGUAAAAUGCUGACCUUACUUUACAUUCUCAACACUAUUGGAACUUUUGCGGGGACCUUUAUUGGAACGUAUGUAGCCAGCGUAAUAGGAACCGACUGGCGUAUGGCACUGCGGAUUGCACCUGUACUUGAUGUGGUGGCUCUUGUGCUUCUAGCAGCAGUGAUGAGAAAGCCAGGUCGAGGUGGUUUUAUGUUGAAGGCUGAAAUAUAUCAGAAGAGAACUAAAGUUUACUCUGAUAUUUUUGAUCUGAUUUUAAACCGCUGUUUGGUCUUUGCUGUUUUGGGUUAUGCAGCUAGUAUGUUCAUUACUAAUAGCAUGUAUACAUAUGCUCCGAAUGUACUGAGAAAUGCUCGCAUGAUGUCAAAUAAUCACCAGCCUUGUCUGACAGUUGACUGCACCUUCGAUGACAGAUUGAUCUACGGAUUGUGCAAAUGUCUUGCUACUGCAAUCGGCAUUAUUCUCGGCGUGAAGAUCAAUGCACAUUAUAAAAAGCGGAAUCCACAUGGAGAGCCAGUUGUGUGUAUCGUAGCACUUCUGGUCUCUGUCCCACUUAUGUGCUUUGGAUUAUUUUUUGUAGGAAUUAGUUCUGUCGUAUCCCAAAUUCUCUUCUUCCUAAAUGGGAUUUGUUUGGCUAUGAACAAGGUCCUUAUCAACGAAAUCAUCAUGAUGGUAGUGUAUCCAAACCGCCGCUCUUGGUCAUUUACUGAAAAGUCAAUAAUAGGAUUGCUUGGAAAAGAAGGAGGCGAGAAAGAACAUUUAUGGAUUUUUAAAUUUAUGAAGAUAAACUACUCAGAAUCUGACCUGAUACAGAAUCACGCAAUGGAAUUUAUUCUCUACAUUUGUCCAUUUAUGGCUUUGGUCGGAGCAGGAUGUUUCUGUGUAACGGCAAAAUACUUUGAAUAUUAUAAGCAAAAUGUAGAAGACUUUAUGAAUACACCAUUCACAGAUGUAGAACAACCCUUGGAUACGGUGGAAUCAUCUGACACAAAGUAACAUGAUAGAUGAAGUUGAAAAAAGACCUCGCUGUGAUGCUUCUGAAAUGUUCUGUGAUUAUAAUAAAAUGAAAAGUUCUGUAAUAUUGAUUAAAAUACAAUAAAUAAAAAAUAUAUUUCAUAUUGAA